CCUUCCCGCCAUGAUCCGCGCGGGGGCGGCCGCCCUGAGGGCCUGGAGCCGGGGCCGGGGCUGGGCCGCGCCCCCGGUCAUUGUCCCCAAUGUCGCUGUCCCGCAGUUCACGACGGCGCCCCCGGCCCCGCCCGCAGCCCCCGAGCCCCGCAAGGAGGAGCCCCCGGUGCUGCGGAGCUGCCGUGUCCCCGUGCUGUCCCCGCUGUCCCCGGUGCAGGCCUGGGUGGAGUCCCUGCGGCACCCCGAGGACACGCUGCGGGGCCUGGCCGACCUGCACCCCGACGUCUUCGCCGUCAGCCCCAGGCUGGACAUCCUGCACACGGUGGCCACGUGGCUCCCAAAAGCUUCCUGGGGGAGCCACGCGCGCGUGCGCAGCCCCACCGAGGGGCAGGGUGGGGGGAGCUGGAGCCACGCGCGCGUGCGCAGCCGGGCCGAGGGGCGCGGCGGGGGCCGCAAGCCCUGGCGGCAGAAGGGCUCGGGGCGCGCCCGGCACGGCUCCACACGGUCACCGCUCUGGAGGGGCGGUGGCAUCGCCCACGGCCCGCGGGGCCCCACCAGCUACUUCUACAUGCUGCCCAUGCGGGUGCGGGUGCUGGGGCUGAAGGUGGCCCUGAGCGUGAAGCUGAUGCAGGACGAGCUGCACGUGGUGGACAGCCUGGAGCUGCCCAGCAGCGACCCCCGGUACCUGCUGGAGCUGGCCCGGGCCCGGCGCUGGGGACACUCGGUGCUGCUGGUGGACACCGAUGAAUUCCCGGAGAACAUCAGCGCCGCGGCCGAGGGGCUCAAAUCCAUCACCCUCAUCCCCGCCCUGGGGCUGAACGUGCACAGCCUGCUGAAGCACCAGACGCUGGUGCUGACCCUGGGCGCCGUCGCCUUCCUGGAGCAGCGGCUGCUGUGGCACGACUCGCGCUACUCGCCCCUGGUGCCCUUCUCCCUGCCCCACCGGGACCCCCCCGGGGCCGCCUGAGACCCCCGGGCGGCGUCUGUCCCCCCCCCGGGAGGCGUCUGUCCCCCCCCGGGUGGCAUUUGUCCCCACCGUGGGGCAGGAUCCCGUCGGGAAAGGAUUUGGGGACACGGUGGCACAGCGAGGUUUUGUCCUCUGUCCGUGUCCUGAAAGGAUUUCCUGGAGCCCCCCCCGGGUGGGAUUUGCUCCUCCCGGGUGGCAUUUGUCCCCCCCGGUGGCAUUUGUCCCCCUGGGUGGCAUUGGUCCCCCCCCGGGUGGCAUUUGUCCCCCCAGGCUGAUCCAGCCCCUCUGGCUGGGAUCUGUCCCCGCUCCCGUCGGGAAUUCGGGCGCUGCUGUGGCCAUUAAAGGGACUUUUUUUCCA